GUCCCAUUCAAUUCAUUAUAAGCACAAGUCUUUCCUUAUGCUGGGGGCUGUAGAGAAGCCUGGCUCAUUGUGUAUGUGUGGGUGUGCGUGCGUGUGUGUGUAAGAGAGAGAGGGGGGCGGAGGAGGUGGUGAUGCUGCUGCUGGUUGUGGUGGCGGUGCAUGCGGACGGGGGUUGUCUGUUAGCUGGCGUGGAUGUGUUGACACGCAUUUCUGCUCCAUCUCCUUGAUUAAACCGGUAGCCUGGAGGGGAGUCGCAGCGGAGUGUGAAGCAGCAGCAGUCAGACGGAGGAAUGAGAGCAGACCGAGCCCUUGCAUCUCCACCAUGCAGCCGACCACCACCAGCCGUCCAUUUUACACGAGUAUAUGAGCCGACGAGCGCCGGUUUGUCUGUGUUUUACAGCCGGGCAGCAGUAGUGUGCAGUCCCGGUGAUGACAACGUAGGCCAACGCCUCGCUGCAGCUACAUACAGGGAAUGAAAACGCUCCCAAGAUGGUCCGCAUCGCUAAGGCCCUGGGUUUGGUUAUUCUGUGCGUCGCUGUGCUCAUACUGUCGCUCAUAAGCUAUGUGUCCCUGAGGAAAGACAGCCUCUUCACCUCCUCCAAAUACUACAUGGGGGGCCCGAGGAUAAUGUUUCACGCAGGAUUUCGGUCUCAGUUUGCCAUGAACUUUCUGGACCCCUCUUUCAUCCCAUUAACUAAUGCCCUGAAUGAGGAGCUCCAAGGAAAACCAUCCAAGUGGAAGUUCAACAAGACAGCUUUUUAUCAGCAGAGGAAAGAUAUCUUCAACUACAUCGACAUUCCUAAGAACUUCUCCCUCACCAAGGACAGCGUGCGUGUGGGCCAGCUGAUGCACUUUGACUACUCAAGCCACAAAUAUGUCUUCUCCAUUAGCAACAACUUAAAAUCCCUGCUUCCAGACUUUUCUCCCAUCCGCAACAGACACUACAGCAUCUGCUCUGUGGUGGGAAACAGUGGCAUCCUGACAGGCAGCCAAUGCGGCCCAGAGAUCGACCAGGCAGACUUUGUCUUCCGCUGCAACUUUGCCCCCACAGAGGUUUACUCCAAGGACGUGGGCAAGAAGACCAACCUGACUACCUUCAACCCCAGCAUCCUGGAAAGAUACUACAAUAACCUACUGACCAUUCAAGACAGGAAUAACUUCUUCCUCAACCUGAAGAAGCUGGAGGGAGCCAUCCUGUGGAUUCCUGCCUUCUUCCUUCAUACCUCAGCCACAGUAACCAGGACCCUGGUGGACUUCUUUGUGGAGCACAAGGGCCAGCUGAAGGUGGAACUGGCCUGGCCGGGGAACAUCAUGCAUGAUGUCAACAAAUAUUGGAAAACUAAAAACCUCUCCCCAAAACGCCUCAGCACUGGAAUCCUCAUGUACACGCUGGCAUCUGCCAUGUGUGAUGAGAUCCACCUCUAUGGCUUCUGGCCCUUUGGCUGGGACCCCAAUACAGGCAAGGAUCUGCCUUACCACUACUAUGACAAGAAAGGGACCAAAUUCACCACCAAGUGGCAGGAGACCCACCAGCUGCCCAGCGAGUUCAAGCUACUCUACAAGCUGCAUCGGGAAGGUGUGAUCAAACUCAGCCUGACGCACUGCUCUUAGACAGACAGUGAGUGCUGGGUGUUUAAAGAGGUGACUCCAGGGAUGGUGGCAUAUACACAUUAGCUCUGCUUAAACUUCUGUUGUGGCCCACGAUGCAUGAUUAGAGUUAAGUACAUUUUUGACACCCUCAUUUCACAAACACGCUCACAUCAGACUGUAAUUUCAUACAAGGAUGUCAGGCCCACUCGGGAUGUAAAUCACAGAUGUAUCACAGCGUUGCUCGUCAUCAAGUAUGUGGUUUGUUGUCUUCAGUAUCACAGUUAGGACUACUAUGCUGCUCUGUUGCUCCCAUUGAUCUCUGUCACAUGGCGAAUGGCCAUAUCUAAACAGCUCAAACUGAACAAACAUCUAUUUCAGCUGGAGUCUGUAGAAGAUUCAGCUGUAGGAACACCAACAGUUAAAUCUUUCAGUUCUGUUACUUUGACACAGUAUUGACUGAUAAUCGCCUUUUUCAACAGUAUACUGAUUCUGUACACUGAAAUCACUGCCUAGUCUCAGGGAAGGAGUUAGAUCAGUGUCUUUUUGUAAUCAGAUUCAAUGCCUCAAGAGAGGUUAAUGUUGUCAGGCCUUUUCCCCCCUGAGGUGUCAGACAAUCUGCACUACUCUGUAAGAUGGUAUGUAUUUACAAGACUGUACUCUCUCUAUAUAUAUGAAUAUUAAUACUUGUGUGUCUUUAAAUAUCAGUAGACAGAGUGACUGUCCACUUCAAAUUUUGCAGAGAUUUUUCAUUUUGGAAUAAUAACCAACAUUCCAACAAUAAGCCAUACAUCCAUAGACAAACGGUAGAGUGUUAUGAAGACGCUGAAGUAAAGAAAGUGUAAUCAGCCUACAUUAGGUUCUGAGGCUAUAAGGCUAUAAGACAUGGAAUAAGAGGGUCUGUAGACAUGCUAACAGCUUCACUCAUGUCACAAUGCUACAAUGACAGACAACGCUUAGAAAACCCUAAAUGCUGUUUACAAACUCUAACAGCUGGUCCAAGGCAUGUUCCUGGUCCAUGAGACUUGUUCAACUCUCUUGAUCAAAGCUAUUCAAUCCACUACAUGUUAAAAAUAAAAGACCUUUAACUGAAGUUGCUUCUCUAGUUCCUAUCAAGGAAGUCAGAAGCUAAGUAUGUCCUUGCUCUUUUUUAAUUAGCAUUUUAUUAUUAAAAAAACAAGUUUGAAAAAUGAUAGAAAGUAUAUCAACAGUAGUUAUAAAAUAAAUAAACUCUAGCUUAUACUGCACAAAUUAAGAUUACAAAUUCAACAUGAUUACAAGACCUUAUGAAGUCCCUACUCUCAGCCAAGAAAUAGGAACCCAACCCAUAAAAACACAAAUUUGAACAACAGGAUGUCUAUGACUGAGCUUUUGACGAUUUGUAGGACAUAACAAUGGUGUACAUCUUACAAAUAAUGUUCAUAAGAAAGCAAAGAAGCCUAUUUUAAAAUCAAAGUACUCAGUCCAAAUCGCAAAUCUUAGCUACAGUUAAGACUUUGUGGGUUCAAGCUUUUUCAUUAGCCUACUUAAAUAGGUCAAACUUUGUUGGCUGUUGUUUAUGAUGUAGGUAUGACUUUGGGUUUAAACAUGCAUAGAGGUCUAUAGAUACAUGGGCCUACUUAGUUUGAAUCCAGUAUUCAGUUCAGUGUGGUUGGCAAAUAUUAGAUUAUGCUAACCUAAAACUGAUGCUGGCAAUCAUUUUACUGGUAGGCUUAGGUUCUGCAAAUGAGGUGAAUUUGUGAGGUGCAAUUUAAAUUCUAUGAAAGCUUCAAUUUUUACUUGGUUUUUAAAAUGUUUAAAGAAUUACAUAUUUUCUCUUCACUAUUUAGUGAAAACAGGUUAUAUAUUAUCAAGUUUAGCUGUUAGCUCUAGGGUAAAGUUGGCUGUGCUACAGUUAGACCUUAGUUUUGUUGAUGUUAAAAUGUAGAAACUACAGUUAAAAUGAGGACUUUUUUCUUGCUAACCCCUGUUUCAUUUUAGUGAGGUGUAAUUGCACAACUAAACACAAGCAAAGUUUGAAUUUGUAAACAGCUGCAGGAGGAUUUUGUGACCUACACAGAGGCAUUAGCAUGGCUAAGAACAUCAGGAAAUACGUUUUUGGACACAGUUUCUUCCAAUAGUCAAUAUCAAUAACUACUUAUCACUAUUUUAAUUACAAAAAUAAUUAAGGAGAAAUAUGAUAUUUAUCAAAAAGGUUUUCUUGAUGGGGAAAAAUUAUUUAUUUAUGACCAUAUCAAUUCCAUUGUGACCUAAAACAGAGAAAUGAAUGAACAUUAUAAAACGUACUGCAUCUUGUAUAAAGAGCAUGAUCCAUUUUAACAGCAUUGCAUGUGAGACACUAACAAAUCUUUUAGGCUAGUUUUUUACAACCUUUUUGAUGAUUGCUUUGAGGGAAAAAUUCAGUUCUUUGCUAUUGUUUGUAUUCCUGGUGGUGUUUUCCUGAAGAGUAUCACCAGUGUCUUUGUAUGAGAGAUGUUUAAAGGCUGAAAUCAAACUGCUAUAUUCCACAUGGGACCAAACCUCUAUAGAUUCACUUAUAAAUGAACAAGCGUUAUUUUUUGUAAAUGUAUAUAGUCUUUGGUUUUAAAAAGCAGUCCACCUAAUUAUGCCAGACUGAAGCUGAGAGUUGGACGUGGGGUUCAGGACUUGGCCCAAACACUGGAAGCUGGCCACAUGACCAUCUCAUGACCCUUAGACAUGUGCUCCUUGUUGCAAAUUCUGGCUUAGACCAAGUUUUAAUACACACAGCAAUGCAGUCAUUCACACUUAACAGAUGUAGUAUGUGCUUUGUGCUCACACAGCACAAGUAUGGCAGGUAUUUCCUUGCUAUUCUGUCCACAUACAAAGCCUCUUCUUGUCUGUCUCCUCUGGCUAAAUCGUAAAAAAAAAUAAUAAUUUUUGACCAUAGACAUCUGUGUCCCAUCUCCAAAUCACAGUGCAGUAACCACAACAGCCAUGACUACACACAUCUGUCGUAAAAGUCUGAAUAGCUGAUCUUAGGCCAUUUGAAUGAUGUCAUUGAUGUGUUGUUUAUGGAUAAUUUCUAGAGUCUCUUCAUUAGGAAUGUUUUGUAUGUACACCAAAGAUCAUUUGUUGAGAAGGAGAAAUAUUACUUUAACUUUGUAUAGAUUUAUUUGGGGGUUUAUUUGUUUACUAACAACAAAUAUUAUUGUAGUUGAAGUGUCAUAUCCUUUUUCUGAUGUUGGAAUUAAUGUUGAUUAUCACUUGAUGUGGCACAGAGAUAACUUGAUUUUUUUAAGCGUUUUGGUUUAAGCCAAAGUAUUUUGGUGGAAUUAUUUGUGACUCCAUGAAUGUUCUCCUAUGGUUUGAUGUGUCUGAAUAACCUGCUGAUGCUGACGUGUAUGCUGGACAUUUUCUUCCCCUAAAAGCAUCUUUUAAUUUUAAAAAGCUAAGUAUAGAAUGUGUGUAAACAGUUAGAUGCUAACAAAGUUAGUGAGGAUUGUAAUUCCAGUCGGAACAACAGUAUAGCUUUUUCGUGCAUUACAUCUUAAUGACAAAACAGUGACAAACAAAACUUAACCAUGAAGUGUUUUUAUUCCAAAUGCAGCACCAUACAGGAGUCGUUCCAACAACCCUUUAACAUUCUUGUACUUGUGUUCGAUCUGCAUGGCAACUAUGUUCCAUAAUGCAUAAAAAAGCUUGGCUGCUUAUGUACAUGUCGUAUAAAAGUCAUAAAUCAUGUAAGGGACUUUGCUAUCUUGGUUGUUCUAACAAACACAAUCGUACAUAUAAGAAAUGUAACCAUGUCUUAAAUGUUUUUUGAUUAUACUUUAUGAUAAAUAUAUGUUAUGUGCCUGCAUAUUCCUUCCAUCAAUGCCUAAUGUGUCAAAUAAAAACAGUAUUUUUCUCUGAAUUGA